AUGGCCAGUUCUAGCAACGAACCUAAUUUAUUGGGUAACCGAAACCAGGAAGAUGAUGAUUUGGAGACCGAACCGAUUCUGAAGAAACAAAAGGAACAAUCCGAGGAGGAGAAGGACACAACGAAAGGAUUUGUUGGUAGUCUCCAAGGAAGGGUCGAGUUGUUGGAGACUAUCAACAAAUCCUUUAGUUGUGUCCUGUUACGAGUAGCCAUAGUCUUCGUGCUAACACACUUGGCUGUUAAAUUCAGGAAGCUGCCACCAGAAAAAAGACUCUCUUUAUUUCCAAUCUCUCUCCCUAAACUAAAAAUAUUAGAUAUCAUCCGUUUCUUCAAAUGCAACCAUGUGGAAGAAGCUUUGUUGAGUUUGCUUCUGCGGAAGAAGCAAAGAAGGCGCUGCAAAAGAAGAACGGUAAAUAUAUGGAAAAUCGUAAGAUUGUUCUUGAUGGUGGCUAAGAUAGCUCCAAAUCCUACACCCCAAUAUUGCAUAGACCACAAGGUUUGGUACAACCUUGCAGAGAAGCUUUGGCACGAAGACUACCUUCGACAAGAAAGCCUUACGAUAGAAGAAGAUGAUUUGGAGACCAAUGUGAAUAUGAAGAAGAUGAAGGUCUAUGGUGUUUAUAAGAAAUAG